GACAUCCUAAUUAUGGGAUUUUCGGCAUUCAUUAUAUUCAUUAGCAGUUUAUGUGUAAAUCUAUUACAACUAAUCAAUUAUCUGACCAUUAGAUUCAUUAAUAUUGAUAUCUAUCGACAAAUCAAUGGAUAUCUUCAAUAUAUUAUUUACUCCCAGGUGGUAGCCGUAGCCGAAUGGUGGUCGCACAGCACCAUUACCUUCUACUUCGGCGAUCAGCAAACUCUUGAUCAGUUUGGCCGCGAACAUGCCUUCGUAGUGGCCAACCAUCGGUACGAAGUCGAUGCCGUAUUCUUGUGGAUGAUUGCCGCGAAAACCGGGACACUUGGCGGCUGUAAGGCAUUCGGUAAACGCGAACUACGAUUCGUACCGAUUAUUGGCUGGUCGUUCAUGUUUGGCGAAUAUAUAUUUCUGGCCCGCAACUGGCAACGUGAUUCCCUGAACAUUGGCCACGGUUUGGACCGGCUGAUGGCCCACCAGCGGCCGAUAAUGUUGAUGAUUGCUGCCGAAGGUACCCGAUUUACCGAACAGAAAUACCGGACAAGUAUGAAGUUUGCCGCCGAUAAGGGUCUGGACGUCCACUACAGGCAUCAUCUGUUGCCCAGAGUCAAGGGUUUUGCCUAUUCGGUCAAACAUCUCAAACAAAACUAUCCCAACUGUGCUAUCUAUAACCUACAGCUGGCAUUUGACGAAACUCGGGAAGUGAUCAGUAUAUCCAAUCUGAUCAAAGGUAUACCGAUGAACGGAUCAGUCUAUUUGAAGCGCAUACCCAUUGCGGACGUACCAACCGAUAGUGACCAACAAACGGCCGACUAUUUGUAUAAGUUAUACCAGGAAAAGGACGAUGCAAUGGACUACUAUUUCCAACAUAAACAAUUUCCGGGCCAAAAACAGCUACAUAAGCCCAGUCUAAUACCGCUAAUAGUUUUAUGGACUAAUUUCGUAGUGUUUGGCCUAUCGUUGGCCUAUAUAUUGUUUACAGUGUUUACGUCGGGUAGUGUCGGGACAAUCAUUAUCGCAUCGUUGCUUAUAAUUACUGUUUUUGUUGGCAUAUAUUUUGCUAUACGAUCGGCUCGUAUAGCAAAAGCAUCGACUUAUGGCACUAUUGAAGGUAAACCACAUAAUAAUAAAAAAUCAGAUUUAAAAAAAAAUUAUUUAUCAAAACAUUUAGUCAAUGGAAAUAAUGAUAAUAUUUUAAAUAAUAAUCAUAAAGAGGGAAAAAAUCAACUGGGCUAA